UGUUGUGACUUUGUCACUUCACACUUGUCAGGCCCUGUGAGCUCCUCGCCGAUUAAGGGAGCGUUCCUGGUGGAGAAAGGUUUCCCUAACUAUUGAUAAUGUAGUCCUUCUUUAUUCUCUUGGGAAACUCUAGUCUCUACGCUUAGUUACUGAAUAAUCAUCCUUGUAUCUGACAAUCAGCAUGGCUUCGUCCAGUUCGACGCUGGAAGAAGUUAUUCUGCACCACACGCGAUGUGGGAGUCUUAGUUUGGUCGACAGACGGAUAAUCCAGAAGUUGUUUUCCGAAGUUCCCAUGGCCAAACUGAAGAACUUCUUGGCACUCUUCAGCAUCCGAGCCACUUCCGGCAUCACGAACAAGAAAGCAGUGGAAAUGUGUGUGAAUCGCUAUUUCAGAGGUUCGGAGAAAAACCGUAUCGAAGCGGUGAAAAUCUUUCAAGCUGUGCGCAGCUGUGUGGAGUUUAUGGAAUCUUCGGUGUUGGAUGAAAUACCCGCACCACUUAACGCUUCGCAGACAGAGGAGGAUGACGGGGAUGUGACGCUCUUGAACACUUCGGAAACUAUUGGAGAAACUGACAAAAGCACAUGUAGUGUCGCUGAAGCAGAUAAAACUCACGAAGGUUUGGACUCACCGCGAAAUCCCAAAAUAAAAAAUGCCGAAGUCAUUGAAGAUUUUAACAUAUUAACGCUGCCCACGGAAAUCGGUGCUAUCUCCAGAAAAAGCCGAAUUUAUGCCCGUGAUCCCGUGCUGGAUAUUUGCUCACAGGAUAAAAACGAGAAUGGAAUCGAUCAGUGCGUCUUCGAUGUUGCAGACAUGCUAAAGAUUUCGAAUUCUCCAUUAUCUAUGGAAUCUCCUGCGAAUGUUGGUGUACUGCAGGGCAUUUGGGAACCAGCUUUCUAUGAAAUCCAUUCUUGUUUGGCGCAUUUUGGUUUUGGUUGCACUGCAACUGGACUAUUUAUUCCGAACACGGUAAAUUUCAGUGUACCCGAAGGUGGUGAUGGAUGUGACGUGAUACUAACAUUCCGUACUCUCGGACCUGGACGGUAUGAUUGCGAACACACGCAUCCACUGGGAUUGGUUUACACACUAAACGAUCAUUCCAAGAAAUCAGAAUUCAAAAAGGCAAUUCAGCCGCCUGCUCAGAAAGAUUGGGAAAGCAAAUUGUCCUGUUUUAGUCAUCCGAUUGUAUUAGCCGGAAUUGUUGCGGGCGAAGAAAAUGUGUUAUAUUUCAAGUUUCCCGAAAGACCAAAAGAUGCCAAAUUUCAUUGUCGGUAUGAAGGCUAUAUUUUCGUUGCAAAACCUCGAUCUAUUGGAGGAAUAAUGAAGGCAUCUCCUUUGAUUCCAGCAAGAUUUACACUGAAAACGGUGUAUGAUAUCCUUAUUGGCACGAACUCAUCGGGAGUACCGCCGAGCACGAUAUCUGUGCCGACACUUUGCGGAGUGACGUGCAAACCGAUCCGUAACGCUUGCAAAGGCUCUCGUUGCGACCACAUUAAUUUUUUUGAUGGGGAGAAUUACCUAUCCUUGCAGCAGUUUUGCAAAGAACCUCGGUGGAAGUGCAGCGUCUGUAACGAGAAACUGUUUUGGCACGAGCUGAGACAUGAUGAGUUGAUGGAGUUUCUGGUGCAGAAGAUACCACAAUGCAGCAAAUUGACCGCUCGUCUGGAUGGCGAGAAACUCAUAUUCACAGGGACACCUAUCGAGCCGGAGAGUGAUGAUCCAGACGAAUCCGACUGAACGAUUCUCGGCGCCACGCACAGAUCAAAGUUCCGCUAUCUGGAAAGUUCUUUGUGCUUGCUCACGACUAAAGGACUUUACGGUCUCUGAUUGAAAUUGGAUGUGCCUUGUAGUCAUGUAUAUAUUUUUCCACAGUAAAACGAAUUUCUGUUAGGAUUUAAUAAAUUUUUGAUCUGCUGAGGUAUUGCACGUGCGUGAAAGAAAACAUUUGGA